AUGAGUUCUCGGAGAAGUCUCCCCGUGAGGUCACUGGACCUGUCCAAAGCCUUGGCGUCCUUCUUUGCUUCGCCUUCCCUCCCACUACCCGACGAUGUCGCCGAAGUCAUCGAUGCCUACCUGAACAAGCACGAGAAAUACGAGGAUUCGAGCGCCGAGAGACUACAAGAUGACUUCCUCAGCAUCUGGGAUAAGCACGUCAAGGGUGCACCGCCCAAGUAUGCCGCCUUCAUCCACGUCUUCCGUCUUCUAGUACCCGCGAUCCGCACGCCGACCCGCCUUCUCAAAUGGUGGAACCUGCUCAACGACCCGAUCCUGGAGAACUUCACUCGGGAGAAGGGCUUAAUGGAAGAGUCUCACCAUGCGACGCUGGAGGUUCUGAUGCUGGACGCGCACGAAGAAGACGAUCCAAACGAAGAACGAGUUGUGAAUCCUUUUGCCAAGAGGCUCUUGUUGUCUUGGUUGGAAAAGUACUACAAGAUACAGUAUGAAAGUGACUUGACUGCGCAGUCCAGCGAGCGCGCGAUACGCCAGGCCUUAAUUACGUAUGGCAGGAGGAAGCCCAAGGACUUUCUUUUCACCCUGGAUACGUGCUUCGUGCGGAGUGAAUUCCGCGCGAGAGCCGCCAAACUGUUGUGCGAAUUUGUCCAGAGCCAGCCACCGCACCUACACCUGAUACUGCAGACGCCGCUGUUCAAUAAUCUGCUGCGAUGCCUGCAACAGGACACAUCGACAACUGCCAUUUCGAUGGCCAUCACCGCCCUCAUCAUGAUAUUGCCACAUAUGCCUAGUUCCUUGGUGCCACAUCUCCCGAAUUUGUUCAACAUCUAUGCGCGGUUGCUCUUCUGGGACAGCGAACGGACGGGCAUCAUUGCGGCGAUAUCAGAUGAAAGCGAGCAGAAAAGCCUCGCGUCGCCUUCAGGGUGGGAAACAUGCCAGUACUCUCCCGAGACCGACGAUAUCGAGGUCCCCCAUCUCGCCAAUUACUUCACCGUCCUCUAUGGCUUGUAUCCUAUCAAUUUCAUGGACUACAUUCGGAAGCCACAGCGGUAUCUUCGUCAUGCGAACGCGGCCAAUCUGGACGAGGUCGAAGUUCAACCAACAGAAAUCAGGUACAAGUCUGAGCGAUAUAGGCAAAGCCAUCUUCUGCAUCCCAACUUCUACACUCUGACGAUCGAGUCUGAAAAGACUGAUUUCGGGCGAUGGAUGACGAGCGAACCGGCAGAAGUCGUGGCUGAGUGUAUGGCGCUGCGUUCCUCCCCAGAGACAUUCGCGCCUAUCGAACCGGACAGCAUGCAGACGGCUGAAGGCGACAUCUCCCUUCUCAGCGAUGAAUCUGAUCGAGACGGUCUCGGGCCCGCCUUGCUAAGUGGAUCCAGCUUGGAACCUGGCGCCGAGAGCUGGAGAAGCAAUCAAGAUCUGGACCAGAACUCGAGAGCAAGCAGCCGUGUAUAUUCAACCAGCCAACGACAGAGCUCUCUUUCCAGUCAGCCCUCGCACAGAAACUCCUUGGAAGCCCCCAAAGCAGACAUCGUCGGGGACAGUCCGACCUUGCCCCCUCAGCUUGUCCCGUCGACCUCCCACACCCAUUUGCAGGACAUGAUCCAAUCGAACAAGGCCAUCAAGUCUGGACUCCACCAGUCUUUGGCCAAUGAUAGCGUUCCAUCACUUGCACUAAGCCAUCCAGACUCAGCAGCAGAGAAGGCUCCUACUGGCCACAUGCCUCCACCUCUGCCAGUCAUUUCUACACCGAGGUCUGUUGCUGAAGGACAAUCUCAGGUUGCGCAUUUGCAAAGGCAGAUUCUUCUACUCCACAAUGACUUAAACUUUGAAAGGUACCUAAAGCAGCAACACAUGGCGCAUAUUGGCGAGUUGCGCCGGAAACAGGUGCGGGAAGCUGCAAGUGAAGCCGAAACGCAGAAUCUGAUCUUGACGAAUCGAACGUUGAGGAAACGAUUGGAAGACUCGAAGAAGGCCGAGAGUCAAAUCAGGAAAGAGUCAGAAAAGAGCCGAACGUUGGCCAAGAAGUGGGAGUCCGAUCUAUCCGCAAAACUACGAACCCUGCGUGAGGAGUCGAGGAAGACCAAGACAGAGAUUCAGUCUCUACAGCAGGAGUUGCAGGGUGCACGCGAGGAGAGCGAGAAGCUGAAGAAGCUGGUGUGUGAUGCUGAGGUCAAGGAGCUAAACUCAAAGCAGACUAUGCAGUCCGUCGAAAUCAAUGCUGCCGAGAACGACCGCUUGAAGGCCGAUGUAGAACGGCUGUCGAUCUCUGAAAGAAAUCUGCAAGCCAAGGAGUCAGAAAGACAGGCGGCAAUCACAUCGGCUGCAGAAGCGGAGAACCGAGCCGAGAUACUGCACUUGAAGCUUCAAGCGCGCGAAGGGGAACUUCAGAAGACAAAGAAGCUCUUCCAGACGCAGAUUGGCGUGCUCAACUCGAAGCUCCUGGAGGCUCAUGAAGGCAUUCACAGCAGAAGAAACGCCGAAACCAAGGCGGCGGUCGAGAGUGCGCUGGCUGCGAGCCGGGCAAAGCAGGCUGAGCUGCAAAAGCAGUACACGAGUCUGAUGAGGAAGUACACGGUUCUGCAGUCGCAGCUAGAGGAGAACCGAUUCUCGGUAGGAUCUUCGAAUUCUCACGGCCGUGGCGACUUCGUCUUCCGCAUGGACGGUGGAGUACAGAAUCGACGGAAAGAUGAAAAGGGGAAGAAGACGCAAGAGGGUGGUGGUGGCGGCGGCGGCGGCGGCGGAGUUAGCGACAAGAGGGAGAAAAAGUCAGGUGUGAUACGGGGUAUCCGUGGAUACAUGUGA